GUCUAAACUACUCACCACAUGUUUUUAACAGCUGUUCUGUGUUAAAGCUUUCAUUGUUUUGCACAACAAAUGAACAUAUAACAUGGGCAACAAGCAACACCUGCUCUCUUCCUUUCUCUAUUUCUUCCUCUUCGCCAUUUCUGCUUCUUAUUUUUCAAUCUCAGCUUCUUCUUCUUCUUCAUGUCCCAUAGAUUUUAGCUAUGUCCAAACGACACCAUGGGACACAUCCGGGUGUCGGAAACCCGACCAGGGGCACUGCUGCGUGACUCUUCUAAGCCUCUUCGGCAUGGGAUUAGCUCAACAUCUAAGAGAAACAUCCAUGUUUCAACUGGCUAAUGCAACUGCUCAAGCUUCCUGCUUAUCUGAUUUUCAAGCCAAGCUCGGUGCCAUGUCUAUAGAGUCAUCACUAGUCCCUACAUGCUUCGACAACCCAAACCAAUUUGUUGCUAAUGCUUCUAGUUGUGUUGGAAUUAAUACUACACAAGAUUGGACAGAAAAGGUUGGUCCAAUGACUACUUUACAAACAUCUUGUAAAGGGGAUGUAUCAGGAUUAACCCAGUGCAGUUCAUGCCUUGAAGCUGGCCAAAAGGUGACUUCUCAGUUAACUAGUAUUGACCCAAAUACUACCUCGAAAUGCUUUUACUUUACUUGUUUAUAUGCUGCUGCAAUUGUUAAUGAGUUCGGUCCAAUGAAUGCUAGUACUGCUGGAUGCAUUCUGGGCUUGCCAUUGACAGGCUCAGCAAUCAACAAUUCAUCGAAAAGUUCCAAGAAAGAUAAGUUGCUCAAAUUGGUUUUUGGAUUCAUAGGUGCUGUUCUUGGUGCUUUGAUUGCUUUUGGAGUAAUAAUUUGGUAUAGAAGAUAUGAUAAGAAGAGGAAGCUUAAUGCUUCACACGAAGAAUAUGUGAGCAGUUUCAGGGCAAGUGUACUGCCCAACUCUGGUGCAAAAUGGUUUCACUUUUCGGAACUUGAAAGAGCUACUAAUGGCUUUUCGCAGAAGAAUUUCAUCGGCCAAGGUACCUAUGGAGUUGUGUAUAAAGGUACUUUAGCAGAUGGAACUAUAGUUGCAGUGAAACAAAUGCAAGAUUCGGAUUCGCAAGGGGAUGAAGAAUUUUCCAAUGAAGUUGAAAUCAUCAGCAAAAUUAGGCAUAGGAAUCUUCUUUCUCUUCGAGGAUGCUGCGUUACAAGCGAUCACUUGAGAGGUAAAAGGAGAUAUCUGGUUUAUGAUUUUAUGUCCAAUGGAAGUCUAAGUGACCAUUUGUCCAGUGAGCAUAGCAGGAAGCAAUUAACUUGGCCACAUAGGAAGAACAUUGUUCUUGAUGUAGCUAAAGGACUUGCUUACUUGCAUUAUGGUAUCAAACCUGCCAUUUAUCACAGAGACAUCAAGUCUACUAACAUUCUGUUGGACAUGGAAAUGAAAGCGAAAGUUGCUGAUUUUGGGUUGGCUAAGCAAAGUUUAGAAGGUCAGUCCCAUCUCACCACAAGGGUAGCUGGCACACACGGCUACUUAGCACCAGAAUAUGCUCUAUAUGGGCAAUUAACAGAAAAGAGUGACGUUUAUAGCUUUGGAAUUGUGAUUCUUGAAAUUAUGAGUGGAAAGAAGGUGCUUGAUACAUCGAAUUCAUCGUUUCUUCUGAUUACAGACUGGGCAUGGAUGCUAGCGAAAUCAGGAAAGACAGAACAAAUCUUCGAUGAGUCUAUAAGGGAACAAGGACCAAAAGGAGUAAUGGAAAGGUUUGUUCUUGUUGGGAUGCUUUGUGCUCAUGUAAUGGUAGCUUUCAGACCCACCAUAGCUGAUGCUCUUAAAAUGCUAGAAGGUGACAUUGACAUCCCCAAAUUACCUGACAGGCCAACGCCACUCAGUCAUGAAUCAUUUAAACCUUCAUUCUUAUAUAACAGUUCUACAACAAGUGAAAGGUCAAGAACCAGCAGUUCCAGUAUGAGCUUAGCAUAGAUCAUAUAUUAGUUUUGGACGAUAAAAUCUUUCUUUGUUUCUCAGUCAGCCUUUGAAGUUUCAAUGUUUGAACUCAAAACCUUCAAAGAUGGAUAGUCCUAUGCAUGCAUGAACUCUUUUCAUACUGUAAAUAUCGUGGAUAUAAUGUAAUCUGAAACAGAUAAUAGAUACAUACGUUUUCUAUGAAA